AUGCCAAGUGACGUACCCACGCCAUCUGUUCUGGAAGUGGUUACUUUUGUAGGUAAAUCGUUCGGCGCAGGCGCGGCUCUGACAGCCGGGCUCUACUUGCUCCGCAGAGUGUGUUUAAUAAUGGCCUGGAAAUCAGGAGGAACGAGCCAGGCAGAGCUCGUCAACAACCUUCGCAAAAAUCUGAUCAUCAAGAACGAUAAGGUUUAUGAGGUGAUGCUGGCCACAGACCGCGCUCAUUUCUCACGAUGUAACCCCUACAUGGACUCACCCCAAUCUAUAGGCUACCAAGCCACCAUCAGCGCACCACAUAUGCAUGCCUAUGCGUUGGAGCUGCUUCAUGAUCAGCUGUAUGACGGGGCCAAGGCUCUGGACGUGGGCUCGGGCAGCGGGAUCCUGUCGGCCUGCUUCGCACGGAUGGUGGGGCCCAAAGGGAAGGUCAUCGGUAUCGACCACAUCAAGGAGCUGGUGGACGACUCCAUAAAUAACGUCAAGAAAGACGACCCCAGCCUCAUCUCAUCGGGCAGAAUAACACUAUUAGUGGGUGAUGGCAGGUUGGGCUACCCAGAGGAGGCCCCCUAUGAUGCCAUCCACGUCGGAGCAGCGGCGCCCACCGUACCCCAAGCACUCCUGGACCAGUUGAAGCCGGGUGGGCGUCUGAUCCUGCCGGUGGGUCCGGCGGGCGGCAACCAGAUGCUGGAGCAGUACGACAAGAUGGAGGACGGCAGCACCAAGAUGAAGCCGCUGAUGGGGGUGAUAUACGUGCCUUUAACAGACAAGGACAAGCAGUGGAGCAGGGACGAACUCUGAACCUGCUGAUCACCAAUAUCCAACAUUUCACUCUGAACUACCGUACCGUAGGGUGUCCGGACUGGCCCGGCCCAUCGCCAUUGGACUUCACACUAAAACGUUACGCAGCAUUUAAAAUAAAAUAACUCAAACAAACGGAAAGAUGGAAGGAAGAACACACAUCAUAGUAUUGCAGUUGUAUUUGAAGGUUUUUUUUCUCCUUUUUUUUGUCUUUUUUUUUCUCUCUCCACGUGUGGAAGAGUGUUUCGUUGUGAGGUGACCCCCCUCACAGACAAAUGGACUGUGGAAUAUUUAAUGGAUUUUACAGAUAUGGGAUUAUCUUUUUUUUUUUUUUUUUUUCGUUAAGUUUAACUUCUUUUCAGCAGAGGUUGUUAUGAAUGAAGAUUUCAGUCAGUAUUGCAACCAGCUUUAUUGUGUGCGUGUUUUUUUUUCUUUUCUUUCAUACAUUUCUGUCAUAAUGGGAUGAAUUGUGUUCUAUGUCCAAUAGUUAUAAUUUUCAUCUUUGGAUGGAUGGGUGUGUGUGGGGGUGUGGGUGUGUGUGUGUGGGGGUGGUGAGCGGGCUUUUGAAAAGGAUGUGUGGCUGAAGAGGAACAAAACACAACUUCCAGCAGUACUGUGAAUGCUGACUGCCGAUCGAUCACUAUGGAAAAAAUAAUAAAUACAUAAAUGGCAUACACAUUGAUGGUAACACAUUUCUAUGCUUCUUCCACUGCGAUACUUCUGUAUGGACGGCCACACAUAGACUGUUCUCCCCUCUUACCCAAGAACACACACACACACACACACACACACACACACGCACACGCACACACACCCGCCAAACUGGCUGCAAACCCAUUCCCUUGCGUAGUUGUUUGACAUUCUGCACUGAACACCGCAGUCACAUUGGAAGUCUUCUUCCAAGUCCCUCAUUCCCCCCCUUGUUUCAAUUCACUCUUCACAAGGGGAAAGUGGCUUUUCUAAGGAAACACAAAUGGAAAAAGGCACAUGAUAAUGCACACACACACACACACACACACACACACACACACACACACACACCUGCAAACCAACAGAGAGCCGGGGCCUGUGCUAAGAAGCUGGUUCAGGAGUAAACCAGGUUAAGUUGAGAGGUAAAUCAUCUAAUAGAAGAGCCUGGAGUCCUGUGUGUUCCUAAGACAGUGUGGACUCCAGGCUCUUCUAUUAGAUGAUUUACCUCUUAACUCAACCUGGUUUACUCCUGAACCAGAAUCUCAGUGCACCCCUCUAAGGCAGAGUUUGGGUUCUGUCAUCUCUUGUCAUCACUAUGGUAUUGCUUGCUGACUCGGCUAUUCUUUGCUGUGUGCUGGAUCUGAUAGUGAUUACUUCCACAACAACCACAUGGUAAGGCUUUGCAGAAAAUAAAAUAAAAAAUAAAAUAAACAUUGAGGCAAAGCACACAAAAGUCUGCCAUUUUUCUUUUUCUGCUAACAUGUUUUAUCUGUCCAUGUUUGCUUGUUUGUCUGUUUUUGAAUGGCACACUAAAUAAAGUCAAGCUCAAAUGUG